UCCUGACAGUAGUUUUUAUUAGUAAAGUGUCGAAGUCACACAGUCUAUGACAGACAGAUCAUUAACAGCUGAUCAAUUUGGUAAAUACAGAACAUCAGGCAGGACAUCCAAACGCUCGCCUAUCAUUCUUUGACCUCAAAUAUGGCUUAUCUUCUGAAACAUGUAAGUAGUGGCAACUUUACAUGGCCGCUCACUUCAAUGUUAAAAUAUGGCCUAUUCAAGUGUUUGUGCGGAGUGUGAAAGCUGAAUAGUAGUGCAUUUACUGCACGACAGGUAACAAGGAGGCACCAGUGCGAUCACUUGCACUUAAAAUACUCCAUCAUUUUUGGUCAUACAGAUAAGAGUAACACAUCUUUUGAAUCUGUAAAGAGUCUUUUAUUUGUGUGCACUCACAAUAACAACAAAACGUGCAUUUGUAAAAUAAUGAAAGCAAACAGGGUGUGCUUUCUGCCAUCUCUCUCUGUGAACUUGAGCAUGCCCAGAAAAAGAGAAAAAGAACUGAAAUUUCAUGUAAACUUGCCUCACAGACUUGCCCCACGUACUCCUCAUCGUUUGUAAAGCAGUAAAGACUUAGAUUGUUUCUCUUGUGGCUCAUCGACUGAAAAUUACAACCAAAAGCUGCACAAUGUGGCAUCAAAUAUUAUAUUCUGAGUUGUGUUGUGGUAAAAAUAGCCAUAGAGUAAUGUAAGUAGCUCACAGAGUGCAACCAUUUGAUGUCAUCGACAUAGAACGCAAACAAAAUGGCGCCACCCAUUGUCCAAAUAUGUUUCCCUUUAAGAAUUUUUCCAUAAUUAGAUAUCACAUUUGAAAUACCAGAUCUGCCUAUAAAUGACACAAUUUUGUGUGUUUCAAGAUUUGCACAUAGGAGCACCAUAACAGCACUGUGUGUAAGAGGAAAUUACAGGGCUCAUAUAAAAUAAGUUAUUGCUAGAACUAAUACAUUUUAAGUGACACUACACAAUUUAUGUGUUAAAAACACAAUGUUAAAUCCCACAAUGUUUUGAAACAAACAAACAAACAAACAAAUGAUUGUUAAAUGAUGGUAAAAACAACAACAAAAAAGUAUUGGUCUUUCUUUUUUCUUGGUCAGUAUUAUUUUGGCUGAAACCUUGUGACCUGAUCAACCAUGAUUAAUGUCAUUAUCAGGUGUAAACACAGAGUGCGGAGAAGGAUGUGAAAGAAAGAAGGACGAGAUGAAGAAGAUCUGCACAAAAACAGAUUCAGUUCAGGAGGGUGGUGGAACAGAAGCAGCAGAUCAACACCAGGAAGAGAAUGAAAGAGAACAAAUGAAGAAUCUAUUUCAGAGACUUCAUCUUGAAGGCUGGUGCCACAAUAAACUGAGAGCUGCAGAUGUUCUUCAGAUAACUAAGCAUUCAUUACAGUCAAAUGAAUCUUGUGCUGAAGAGGAGCUGGUUCAGACUUUUCUACAAAAACUACUGAUGAUGGACUACAGAGCAAGAUAUAUUCAUGUUAAAGAGACCAAUGAACAGGAUCCAAUAGAACAAAGUGAUACUCUCUCGUCUGAAGAUGAGGAUGAUAUUUUUGAUUAUGUUCCCUGUUUGUCAAACAAAGGAACAAGCCAGUCAGACCAUGUGCACCCAAUGGAUGUUCAGAUGGCUGUUUUUCAUUGUGCUGAUAGAUUCCUGAAGCAGCUGAUGGUCACUAAACUGUCCCAGUGUCAGUACGCUCUGCCUCUGCUUGUUCCUGAUCCAGACACACAACAGAUUGAGUUUCCUCUCUGGACAUUCAGACAAAUCAACAAGAGCUGGAAGAUGAGAAACAAUGACAAGGAAGCCAUCAGUCAAACCCAGUCAGUCUACAAGGCAAAAACUUCAAUGGUGUUUUUCUUCAGGUUUGGCUCUGUGUCUUCAUCCAAGUCUCAGCUGAUGAACAGUCUGAUCAAUGAGAAACACAACACGUUCUUCCACAGGAACUGCCCAGGCAGCAGUAAAACCAGAGUCCUGAUGGAUGGAGUGGUGGAGAUCUCCUGGUUCUGCCCCUCUGGGAAAAACACGGAUAAAUUCACUGAUUUUGUUGCCUUCUGUAAUCUACACGGUAAUGCCGGAGACCAUGAGAAGCAGCUGCAGAUCCUCACUGAAAUUAGUUCAGUCAAUGUUGUUCUUCUGCCACGAAUGGACAGAUAUGACAGACAUGCCACAAAGAUCCAAAACCUGUUCAAAAUCAAAAAGCCACUUAUUUGUCUUUUUACUGAGGAUGAAUCUACUGUAACUGAGAUGAAGAAAGAGAAAUUCAGAAUUGGUUUGAAAGACAGAAAUCAGUCAGAUGUAUCUGAAGAAAUCAGAAAAACUAUAAAUGUUUGUCUCUCAAAAUCAUCUUCCACUUUCAGACUUGAAGAUGUGUCCAAACAGUCAGACAUCAGAGUAGAUGAGGAAGAUGAUGAAGACUGCAGGAGAGGAAGAGAAGCAGCAAAACAGAUGAUGGGUUUACUGAAGAAGAAAAAUCUGACAGAAAUCAAAGACUCAUUUCUGCCUCAUCAGGGGAAACUGUGGCAUCAGUGGAGUCAGAAGAACAAAGAGCUACAUCGACCUCAAGGAGAAAACGUUGAAAUGGAAUCUAGUGAGAAAGAAACAGAGAUGAAAAAAAUCCGUGAACAACAGCAUGAAUCUGACAUCAGUCAGUUUAUGAAGCUCUUUAAUAAAGAAAUGGACUCAGAUGCUAAACAUGAAAAUAUGUUUUUUCUUAAUUGGCUCAGAAUCCUCCUAGAUGAAUAUACAUCAGCUGAUCUUUCUGCUCUACAUCAAAUGUAUGAUAAAACAUGGUCAGCAGUUAAAAAAUUGAAAGAGAAGAAUGAUAAACCUGAAAAUCUCAAAGCAGAACAAACUAAACUUAAGAGAAUAUCUGACAAUCUUCAAGCUGCAAACUUUGGUUUGGAGCACAUCAUGAGGGAGAUCAGUCAGAUCUAUGAAUCAUGUUCAUCUGUGAAGAAGAACAAGAAAGAACUGCAGGUUCACUUCUCUUCUCUUCCGGGUCUUGCAGCAGAGAUGAUGAUCUCUGGAUUUCCACUGGAGCUGAUGGAUGGAGAUGCUGCUCAUGUUCCUGUGAUCUGGAUCUCUGCUGUUCUAGAUGAACUCAUCCAGAAACUGGGAGACCAGAGAGUCUUUGUUCUGUCAGUUUUAGGGAUUCAGAGCUCAGGUAAAUCCACCAUGCUGAAUGCCAUGUUUGGACUCCAGUUUGCCGUCAGUGCUGGCCGGUGCACCAGAGGAGCUUUCAUGCAGCUGGUCAGAGUGUCAGACGAGAUGAAAACACAGAUGAACUUUGACUAUAUUCUGGUUGUUGAUACUGAAGGUCUUCGUGCUCUAGAACUGUCUGGAAGAUCAACAAGGCAUCAUGACAAUGAAUUGGCCACAUUUGUUGUUGGACUUGGAAAUCUGACCUUGAUCAACAUCUUUGGAGAAAACCCAUCUGAGAUGCAGGACAUUCUUCAGAUUGUUGUUCAGGCCUUCCUGAGGAUGAAGAAGGUCAGACUGAAUCCCCGCAGUGUGUUUGUGCAUCAGAACGUCUCAGACGUCACAGCUGGAGAGAAAAACAUGGAGGGAAGGAGACGACUGCUGGAGACACUGGAUGAGAUGACAAAAAUUGCUGCUAAAGAUGAAGUCUGCGACGCAGAGCGUUUCAGUGAUGUCAUUAGAUUUGAUGUUGAUAAUGAUGUGAAGUAUUUUGCUCAGCUCUGGGAGGGCAGCCCACCCAUGGCUCCACCAAACCCAACCUACUGUGACAAUAUUCAAGAACUGAAGGAAACUAUUAUGUCUCAUGCCUCAAGAUCAGAUGGAAUGAUGCUGAAAGACUUAAAAGAUCGUAUUAAAGAUCUCUGGGAGGCUUUACUGAAUGAACGAUUUGUCUUCAGCUUCAGAAAUUCUCUGGAGAUUUCAGUCUACAGGAAACUGGAGACCAAAUACAGUAAGUGGACGUGGAGUCUUCGCAGUGCCAUGAUGGAAACUGAGAACAAACUACACAAUCUAAUAGAAAAUGAAGUGAUUCAUGAGGUUAAAGAAAGUGAUAUUAAAAGAGCACUGAACAAGACAAGAGAAGAAGUGAAAAAUUCAAUGUCAGAAUUCUUUGAGAAAGACAAAGAUAAAGAUACACUGAUUCAGUGGAAAACAUCAUUUGAAAUCAAAAUCAAAGAGCUUCAGGAAAACAUUGUGAGAGAAACAAAGUGGAAAUUAAAUGACAUUCUUCAGCAGAGAGACCUGAAGAAAAAGAUUAAUGAUCAAAGGAAACAUCAUGAAAACACUCUCUAUGAAAAGAGCAAAGAUCUCGCAUUAAAACUCAAAGAUAAUGCAAAAGAUGAAGAAAGGCUGAAGAAAGAGUUUGAUUUGUUCUGGGAAGAGAGUGUGAAGAAGAUCAUCAGAGACACUCCUGCAAUCAGAGACAUUGAUGUAAUGAGAGAUGUGAGAGAGAUCCUCAGUGACCUCUAUAAAAGUGUUCAUGUAGACCACUGGAAGAGCAAGGAUAUUUUCACUGUGCAAAGUUAUUCUGAUUAUGUACAGGUUAAAAAAUCCAGUGGAAUUGUAGAAACAGUUAAAGGUGUCGUCAAAGAGGUAUUUCGGUAUGAUCCUCUAUCUAAAGAGGAUGAAGCUCAAAUAAGUUCAUUUAUCACAGAUCUUGUUCAGCAGACAGACAGAAUGAUAAAGUCAUUUAACAUUUCAAAGAUGGGCUACAACAUCAGCUGCAUUCAACAACUCAUAGAUUACAUCAAAGCAAGAGAAACUGAACAUCAGGAUGGACGAGUGAAAUAUGUGUUCAAGAAUGAAUUCUUCAUGGAUUUGGUUCUUUCCAUCUGUAAGAGAGCAAACAAGAUGAUCACUGACCAACACAGACUGUUCAGAGAAGCCAAUGAUCCUGUAAUAUAUGUUGAGAAGAAGAGGGGAGAUUACUAUAGUAUUUUCCAGAAAUACUGUCAUGGAGCAACAUCAGCUGUCAUUUUUGGUGAGAUCAUCUGUCAGAAACUGAAAGAGCCCAUUGAGCAGAGUGUCUACAAGAAGACUGCCAGAGAUCUGAAAGAUGAAAUCAGAUCAAACUGUGAAUCACUGAAUGGAAACAGAUCAAAUCUGGAGAAACACAUCCUGAAGACACUGGCAGGAGAGGAGGAUUUUGUCAAAUACAUGAACUACAUUCAUAAUCCCAGAGAUCACUUCAAGAGUUUCAUCAGAGAUGAAGUCAAUCGGUACAUCUCUGAUAAGUUCAGUGUCAGUGUUUUACCCAAGAUGAAGAUGAACAUUGAACUCCUGCAGCAGAAAAUCAUGAACGCAGCACAUGAAUCUACUGAACAUGUUCGAGUGAAGCGAGGAGAUGUUGGUUUGUGGUUGAAGAGUUUCACACAGAAGCUCUCAGAUGAGCUGAUCUUCUCUGAAAAAGACCUCAGUGGAGUCGAACAUGAUGAUGUUGAUGUGAAACUAAUGGAAGAUAUGAUGAGACGAGAACUUCCUGUUACAAUGUCUGAUAUAAGCAGUAGAUUCAACACAGAGACAUUUCCAGAAAAGCUUGACCUCAGUUUCAGACCAGAUGACCUUCUGUUUGGUCACUACACUCGGUGUUGUUGGGUUCAGUGUCCGCUCUGUGGAGUCAUCUGCACCAACACCAUUGAGAACCAUGAUGAAGAUCACAGUGCUUCUUUCCACACAGUGAGAUGUAAAAGAGGUGUUAAAUACAAGGGUACAAACAACUUGUCUGUUUGGAUCUGCACAUCAUCUGUAGCAAGCAACGAUCGAUCUUUUUAUCACAGUGACUCCAAUAAGUGGAUCCCUUAUAGAAAAUACAGAACAGCAGGAGGAGUUUAUGCGAAGUGGAGCAUCACUCCUGAUCUCUCUGAACUGCCCUACUGGAAGUGGUUUGUGUGCAGAUUCCAGAAAGAUCUGGAAAAAGAAAGAUCUGGAAAAUUUGAGGGGGAUGGUAAGAUACCAGAUGGAUGGAGAAGAUACUCAAAAGAGGACGCUAUUGAGAGUUUGAAUCGAUACAUGUAAUGGAGCAGAUGAAGAAUGAGUCUCUUGCGUCUCUUCUCAGAUUCAGAUCACAGUCAGAAAUUAGUUUCUCUGACAUUCAUCAGUGAAUCUGAGCUCAUCUACACCUCAGAAGAUCAGAGCUUCAUCAAAUACUCCAGAAGAGAGACAAGAAAGACAAGAUUCAGUUCCUCAUACAAGUGUCUAUCAGAUGAUCAAAACAACAUAUUUCUGAACAUAUAUCUCAAUGAUAAUGCUCAAAAUGCUUAAUUACUAAUCAUCAAAGCAGCUUAAUCUCUAUCAUGAACUGAACAAGAGCUAUGAUAACCCUAGUGAAAAAAUAGUAUAGUUAAGCACAAUUUAUUUGUAUGUACUUUAGUAUAACUUAAUGUAUUUGUGGCACGCUAUAAAUUGUAAAAAGUCUGUUAAAUUGGAACAACUAAUUUUGUACUAAAUCCAUUUUAAUUGUCCAAAGUUCGACUAAAGUUGUAUUAAAUAUACUUGUUUGUGCUAAAGUGGAACUAU